GUUCAGAGAGCUCCGCCCCUCGCUGCAGGAGCUUCAAGCUCACUUUUCGCUGGUUGCUUCAGCCAGCAAUUCACCUCGCAGUGAAUUCGUGAGCAACGGAUCAAAGCAACUUGCUUAUACUCCACAUAGCAACGUUAAUUUCCCCGGGCUUUCCUAUCAUCCUGCGGGUGUGUCAGAUGUGGGAACGACAAACAUUACAUUUUUACUCGUUGUUCUUCUGGAGGGCGCCAAUUGUUGUUGCCAGGCAAGUCAAGAACAGGAGUCCGCAGGUCUCUCUUUGCGGCAGUGUUGUGAAAACAGUCUUCCGUCUAUCGACCAAUCAACCAUGUUGGCUCUUCUCACCGCCUGCCUGACCCAGCGCUGACCAUCACCGAACGCUUGUUCUCGGACAAACAUGUCGGCCUGCGGCGAGUUCGCCGAACACGUGUGGAAACCCGGCUCAUGUAAAAACUGCUUCCACCCACGAAGCGCCCACCGCGCCACCGGGGGCAGCACAGCGCCCUGCGGUGCCCCACGUGCCAGUCUGGGGGGAGAAGAGGAGGAGGAUGGCCAGGGAGUGACCGCGCCCUCGCCCUAUUCCAAACCCACUAUCGCUGUUCGCCCCACCAUGAUGCACCCUGACAUUAACGACAUGCUGGCAGACCUCAACAUGAACACAGAGCAGGACAGUCAGAAGGUUUCAGGGGAUCGACUUGGCCUGAAGAAGAUGUUGGACCUGUCCCCUAUCUACAUAGACGGCUGUAACGAGGCCCUGAGGGAGGCGGUCCCACGCCGCGCCACCAUGCCUGGGAAGACGGAGCAGCCCUGCAGCCGCUACUCCCCCGGACCCCUCAGCCCCCUGUCGCCCGUGUUGCCGUUUGGCCCGCAGAAGGACUCUAGUAUGAUCCUCAGCAGUGUCUUUGUGACCCAGGAGGACGGCCAUGGCCGAGGGCCUCUCAGUCCACACGCUCUGAAGGGGAACGCAAAUGGCAACGGGGAUGCCUCCUACAGGCAGCAGAUCGCCAAAACUACCAAAAUCACCAAAAGCACUUACACCGGGAAUGGCGUUGGGCCGGCGAGGGCCCCCAGAGGGCCUUCGGUCGUUCAUUCCUCCGCCGUUCGGGGCGUUUCUAUCGACGUCAUCGCCGCGUGUACAAUGACAGCCAGUAGUGGUGUCAGUAACGACGUGAGCGCCACAGUGACAGCGUCGAGUAACGGCCUCACUUGCGGCGCAGCAGAACCGUCCAACGCUUCUCCCGUCCCGGCCUUUACCCCCCUUAGCUCGGGGCCUUCCCUGGGCCCCGUCCUGCAGCCCUGUGGGGGCGGACGAACCAACUCCUUCUUCUCAGAGCCGGUCUCCUGCCUGUCACUGUCCGACUCCUGCUCCUAUCGUAGCAGCAGCGAUUCGCUCACGGGACCCAAUGGCUUCGGACCGCUGGGGCCCGAUUGUCCCACUCCUCCCUCGGCCUCCUCAACCAGCCCAAACUCUCCUUUGGACGGGCCGACGACAUCCGAGCCCAUCUAUGCCGAGAGUACCAAGAGAAAGAGGAAGCCUCACUGCGUCGGCUUAAAUGGGACACCCCUGGCCCAGAAGCAGCGCUCUGACGCCGACGCGGAGCUCGCUGGAGAGGGCCAGAACCAGAGGGCAAAGAUAACCGUCAUGGCGGCCCACACGGAGGAGAACAACCGGACGUUCUACCUGAGCAGCCCGGACUCUGCGGUCAGCACCCAGUGGCCCCACUUCAGCCCCACGGCCCUAAGCAACCCGGGGAGCCCUGCGUUCAAGUGGCCCUCAAACCCUUCCGUCACGGAGCCGGUGUCACUGUCAACCCCGACCUCCCCUGCCUGCAUCCAGCCCAAACCCCAAAACAGCCCCCCCAUCCCUCCCAAGAGGAACAACCGUUCCCCAAAAAUCUUUCUGGGGGCGUCUAGUCUCUCUCCGGUCCCUCUACCCGAACUCAGCAUCCAGGGCAUCCAGACCCUGUCUCUGUCCCCCAGGGAGAAGGAUGCCCAGGUGAAGCCCCUGUCGGAGCCCCCCAGCUCAGCCUCAUCUGACGCUCGGAGGCACAAGCUCCAUGCAUCAUCUCGGAACUGGGAGGUGCGAAUCGAGGAGGAGGAGGAGGAGGGCGAGACAGAGGAGGGCCACUCCCGGGAGAGCGCUUCCCGGAGCAGAGCAACGGGGCUCAUCAAUGGGACGGCUGUUUGGAGGGAGGCCAGGGAAAGGAGACCCGCAGGGGGGAUGCAGGGCAGCACCCAGACCCUGCCAGGCACCGUGGACAACAAUGGUGCCAGUCAGAGACCCAUGCAGGCGGGCAGCAGCGCAGAAGAGGGAAAACAUUGCAGGAGCAUGCUGGCCAAAACGCCGCCGUCACCUCUCUCCAGUACGGAACACACCGAGCUCUCAGGAGAGGGGAAGAGUUCAAGCCAUGACCCCAGCCCCCCACCCCCUCCGCCCAAGAAACACCACAGGGCAUCUGGUAAGAUGAGUCAAAGCAGUAUGGAGGUGGAUCAGCGUAGCCAGCAGGGCUCUGUGGAGAGCCUGACCAGCAGUGUCCGCGGCCUUGGGAGCAGCAGCCUGCUCACCGCCUCCACCGACAGCCUGCCUGGAGACUCCACCAGAGCCCUCUCUGAUUCAGGUUCCCAUGAUGCCACGCGUCUGUCUCCAUUUCCCAGAAGCCCCAUGACUUCAUCUCCAGGGUCGCCUCACCCGGAACAGUUCCCUAGCAACAACCUGUCCAAUCGACUGCAGCCACCUCCUCUGCCAGAGAAGAAAAUGGUGAACCGAACCUUCUCUGCCCCUGACAGCGCAUCCGGGAAACCCUUGGUGCGCGCCUACCCCCGCCUUCCCUUUGCCGGCGGCUCGGAGAGCAACGUGUCUCAUCCGGACGUCCUGUCCCAGUCCAGCCUCCUCUCCUCAACCGUCGACCCCCGACCCCUGUACUCCUCCUCAGAAUCCCUGGAGCGCUGUCAUGGCCCUCUGGGUCGCACCGUGCGCUCUCAGACCAUGGACGAGCCCCUGAAAGUUUGCGGCCGACUCGGUGGACACAGCAGGGGCAGCGUCACCUCGUCGUCGUCGCCCCAGCUCAGCGCAGCGCACCACUCGGCCUCCGGGCCGUCCCACGGUUCCAGCCUGCAGCUUCAGACCCUGCUCAGCAACAUCGACAGCAGGGAGGGGAUCUAUUCCAAGCUGGGCGGCCUGUACGCCGAGUCACUGCGACGCCUGGCUCUGAAAUGCGAGGACCACUUCACACGCAGCCAGAAGAACCCACUGAGGUUCGACGAGAGCAACUGGUCACUGUUCAAACUGACCUGCAACAAGGCCAGCUGCAACGCCGGCGAUGCCGUCUACUACUCCGCCACCUGCGCGUCUGACCCGUCCAACUCCUACGCAGUCAAGAUCUGCAAGAGCCAGACCUCGGAAGCCAAACAGGCUCACCUCUAUGGCUUGUCCAUACCGCAGAGUCUCCCGCCUCACUUCAACCUCCAGCAGGACUGUGGCCACUUCAUCGCCUGUGUCCCCCAGAGCAUGCUCCCUGGAGACGAGGCUUCACCGCCCGCCGGGCACAACCCCACGCAGGGGGAUAAGGAGCGAGUGGUGGUUAUCACCCGGGAGGUGCCACAACAGACCACGGCAGACUUUGUGAAGGAGUGGGUGUCCUUUCAUCAGGCUCAGCCGGAGGUGUACGAGCGGCGGGUCUGCUUCCUUCUGUUGCAGCUUUGCAACGGUCUGGAGCACCUAAAGGAGCAUGGGGUCACACAUCGUGACCUCUGUCUAGAGAACCUCCUCCUGGUCCCCCACCGGCGGCCGACGCAGGCCAACCCCAACGCCCCCUACGACCAGAAGCACCUCCCCCGUCUGGUCAUCUCUAGCUUCGCCAAGGCAAAGCAGCGGAAUGCAGAGGAUUCGGCUGUCAGUGACCCCCGCCUAAAGCGCGACCAUGCCCGCCUUGCCCCAGAGAUUGUGUCGGCCGCCCAGUACCGGAAAUUCGACGAGUUCCAGACAGGGAUUCUGAUCUAUGAGCUGCUGCACCAGCCCAACCCGUUUGAGGUGAGCCCCAAACUGAAAGAGCAGGACUACAGCUGUGAGGACCUGCCCACCAUCCCCUCGCUCUCCCUGUACUCCGCUGGGCUCCAGAGAUUAACACGACUGCUCCUCCAGCCAGACCCCAUCAAGCGCAUCCACAUUCAGGAGGCCAAGCGGGUGCUUCAGAGCCUGUUGUGGGGCCCCCGGAAGGAGUUGAUGGAGCAGCAGCAAUGGGGGGACCAGGAUAGGCCGGGCCCUGGGGAAGGACCACGGCAAGAGGGUCUCCUCAACUGGCUGGAUGUGAAGAGAGCCCUGCUGAUGAUGAAGUUCGCAGAGAGGUCGCUGGAGCCGGAGAGGAACGCCGAGCUGGAAGACUGGCUGUGCUGUCAAUACUUCAGCUCUGCUCAUCCUUUGUCCCUAUGUCUUACGGCUGAAAUGCUCUACUCUCUGAAAUGAUCAAACUUUCUGAAAUCCAUACCAAUUCCACCCCCCGCUCCAGGGUGGUGCUCUUGGAGAUGUGGAUCAUAUUUCAUUUGGGAUUAGAGAGUGUCGGUCUGUUGCGUACAAUGUGACAAUGAACAAACGCCUUGCGUUCCCUCAGUAUCGGUCUAAUGGACUUACGAUAAUGCAGUGUGAACAUAUCUGCCUCUUACCACAUGCAUGAAAGCAGAGAGUCACUGACUUUUCCUUUCAGUCCAGAGCUCUACAAUGCACUCAUUUCACAUGCACAGGUGGCAAAAAUGUUUUGCUGAGCAGAGCAGAUUCUUGCAAUUGGUACAUUGGUGCCUACAUAAUAAUAUUUGCCCAUUUUGUCAUCAUAUGGGCACACCUUCUCCUUGUCAAAUGGGUCUGCAUGGAGCUCUGCAUUCAGCUUCAGUGUCCUACAUACACAUACCGCUGUUUGUGUGGCCUGAGACACAACCUCCUUGGAUAUUGUCCAAAUGGAUGGACAGAAAAGCUUAGCUUGGUACAGUCGCUCAGGCCAGGUUGAACACUCCACACGUUCCGCCCCAGAUGCAGCAGCUUCGCAAAAUGAUGAGGCACAGAAUGGUGGGUUCUGAUGUGACUGAAAGAUUACAUGGAUUUACUUAACCAGUGUGGACAUAAUAAUAGACAGUAAUGAUGAACGGGCAGUUGUUUUCGUACAACUGCCAAUACAUUGAAAGUGUUAUGGUCUCCUGUGAUUCUUCGUUAAUAUGACUUUUUGAUACACUUUAAACUUUCAGUUGGGAAUGGCUCUCGCUGGUAUAACGUCCAUGUCCACUCCAGCAAGUCACAGAAAUGUUAGAUUUGUACUGUGCAGCUAGAUGGCUAAUUUGUAUUUGCUGUUUAUGUACUAGAUGGAAAUAAUGUUUCUCACACAGGCAUUUACAUUGAACUUUUUUGAAUUGGCAUGCACAUUUCAAGUGUUCAACACUGAGCAAACUAGAACAAGGGUGAGUAAACCUUUUGGCUCUAGGGAUUGUGAAAUUCAUUGGAUUGUGAAAUUCUGUGGAGCAGGUGUGGAUUUUUAUUGUACAAUUUGUUUGUCAAAAUUGAUUUGCAGGACAGAAAAGGGCAGUUAUAAAAAGGAAAUGUAUAGGUCCAUUUCAGUAGACUUUAAAAAAAAAAUGCACCUCCCACCCAACUAAAAGUAAUAUAUUGUUGUUUUAUUCAAGGAUUGCACGUCACUAAGUCGUGUGGUUGCCAUAGUCACUAACAUUCUAUAGAUGCUGCAGCUGUCGACAACAUUGCAAAAAUAGGCUAAGAAAAGCUAGCGAAGUCGUCCAACAAUAGCAAAGCAUACUAACGUUAUCUGGCUAAAAAUCAUUUGCCUUUUAAGAUUGUAUCAUAUUUUCAAGCCUUAGUUAUGCACUUUAGACCAGAUCUUCAUCAGUUCCCAUUGAGGAUUCAUUGAGUAGAAAGCUCAGUUGGAAACAAACUUUCAAAACCGUCCUGUAACAAAAUGUGAACUAUGAAUACGCAAAUCUACAUCAGUCAUUCGUUUGCCACCCCUGUUCUACAACAAUGCCUACCAUUCAGUGUGAAGCAGUAAUGCUUUCUCAUUGUUAGCCUGCAUGUGGAAGAAGGGCAUUGGUCUUUAGUGGGUGGGUUUUCAUUGGUCAAGAAGGGAGAUGAAUCAAACUAGUCUGCUUGGUCUGAACCAUGAAAGACAUACACACUAUUAGUUCGCAGUAGUUUAUUACAUGAGUUAAGCGAUACUGAAACUGCCAAUGCCACCCACUUGCUUACCUUAACAUCUAUAAUUUAGACUUUUUUUUUAUAUUAUAAAUUGCUACAGUGCCUUUUAGUUGUUCUGUGUAGGAUGUGUUAUGGUGACUGAGAACCUACUUGUAAAUUUAAACUCCUAGGUUCCCCUUCUUCGAUAUGUGAAACUGGAAUUUCACAGAGUGGUCUGGAGACGAACAGUAGUUGUAUAUAAAAGAGAUUGUAAAUCAAAUGGUGAGCCCUACCUGAGCAGGUCUUAAUAAUUGCAAUGGAUAAGAUCCAUGGUAGAAGUAUUUAUGAUGUCCAUUCAUUUAACCUGUAGUUGUCACUGGAAUGCUUUUUGCUUUUGUCCCAAAUUAAAUGGCAAUAUUUUUCCUAUGUAUUGAAAUUCAUAUGACCAGAUCUAAUGUGGCUUUUGGUCUAAAGUAUUCCAUGCAGGGAAAACUGUGCAGUUUUGUUAUGCAGUUUGGAUUUGUUUUCCCCUUUUUUACUACAUUGUGUGUGAAGGUUGUUUUUGAUCAUGCAGAUACAGUUGUAUGCAGUGUCUCCUCUCCUCUGUCAGAGGACUGGAGACUUCUCACAUGCCUGACUUGACUUCAGACCUUUCUCUCCAAAGAGAAAUAAUUAAAUAUGGCCUGAAGCUGUGACCAAACAGUUGACAUAGUUCGAUUACACUGCUGUUGUCAUGGUGUGAAUAAGAAAGAUACUGUACUCUAAUGACUAAUGCAUUUUAACUGGAUUCAUCAGCCUCACCUGCAUCUUAUGUAUCAUUAAAUUGUAAAUAUGAUUUCACACAUUCACAUCGUCCCGUCUCAAUCAAAUGUGCUGAUUAUGCUUUAAGUCCUUAGUGCGUAUGAUAUUAAAAAUGGCUAAUAGGGAGGGUUGUCCCAAUUGUGGUAACAAGCUGUACAGUGAAAGCCUCCGCAAAGAAAGCAUACAGUUUAACAUU